AUGGAGUCUGCUCUUUCCGAGCUCGAAGGGACCCUUGUAAAGGAUCCUGAUCCAUUUUCCUACUUCAUGUUAGUAGCUUUCGAGGCAUCAAGCAUAAUUCGAUUUGCUUUCUUGCUAAUUUUAUGGCCAGUUAUCCGUUUGCUGGAGAUUUGGGGACAAAGAGAUGCGGGCCUAAAGUUGAUGAUUUUUGUCGCCACGGCUGGGGUGCCUAUAUCCGAGAUCGAAGCCGUGGCAAGGGCAGUGUUGCCCAAGUUUUACUUUGAUGACAUUGAUAUGGAUGCUUGGAAGGUCUUCAGCUCCUAUGACAAGAGAAUUGUGGUGACUAAAACCCCGAGGAUUAUGGUGGAGAGGUUUGUGAAAGAGCAUUUGCGAGCUGAUGAUGUUAUUGGGAGUGAACUUUCGGUCAAUCGGUUUGGAUGGGCUACGGGUUUCAUCAAAGACGGUUUUGAUUCAAUCUCCGACCGCGUUUCUGAAUUAUUCGAAGAUGAACAACCUAGUUUGGGCCUAGGAAGGACAGAUUAUUCUGGCUCUGAAUUCUUACACUUGUGCAAGGAACAAUCUCAUCCGCGAAUCACCAGCAACAAGAAACAUGACCGCCAGUUCAUCCGCCCACUGCCAGUGAUCUUCCACGAUGGCCGGCUAGUGAAGCGGCCAACACCAUCAACUGCCCUCCUAAUUCUCUUAUGGAUUCCUCUGGGAAUCAUUCUCGCUGCAAUUCGCAUUGUCGUUGGCCUCAUGCUUCCCAUGAAAUCUAUUCAACGUAUGGCUCCUCUAUUCGGUGGCAAAGUGAUGGUGAAAGGAAAACCUCCUCCACCGCCAUCUGGCUCCACCUCUGGAGUGCUAUUUGUCUGCACGCACCGAACCUUAAUGGACCCCGUCGUCCUCUCCGCCGUCCUCCAUCGUAGAAUUCCAGCAGUAACAUACUCCAUUUCUCGCUUUACCGAGAUCUUAUCCCCUAUUCCAACUGUCCGCUUGACGAGAAUCCGAGACAUAGAUGCUGAAAAGAUUAAACAACAACUGGAAAAGGGAGAUUUGGUCGUCUGCCCUGAAGGAACAACGUGUAGAGAACCCUUUCUAUUGAGGUUCAGCAAACUUUUCGCAGAACUAACCGACCGAAUAGUUCCAGUGGCCAUGAACUAUAGGGUUGGGUUUUUCCAUGCAACCACUGCUAGGGGUUGGAAAGCUUUGGACCCCAUAUUUUUCUUCAUGAAUCCCAGACCAAUUUAUGAGGUAACAUUUUUAAAUCAGCUCCCUGUGGAAGCAACUUGCUCUUCAGGUAAGAGCCCACAUGAUGUUGCUAAUUAUGUUCAGAGGAUCUUGGCUGCCACACUUGGUUUCGAGUGUACGAAUUUCACCCGCAGGGAUAAAUACAGGGUUCUUGCUGGCAACGAUGGGAUAGUUUCACAAACAUCCACUGCCGAAAGCCUCAAGAAAUUGAUGAGCGGAUUCAAGCAGGUUGUGGGUACUUUUAAGCCUUUCAUUAACUGAAAACUGGGCUGGCUCGUUAUUGUAAAU